GUGUGUGGUGGCUGUUGGGAGUGUUGUGUGUGUUUUUCCCACCGUGUGUGAGCUGAUAAAGCGACUUUUUCUCUCCCUGUUGUUGAGAACAGAUUCUCACCUGAGCCUCACACGCACACACACACACAGAGGCACCUGAACGCAGCACAGACUGAGCUACUUCACAGACGGAGAGUAGAGGACAACAAUGUUUGAAAAUGUCCCGACAGUGUCCUCGGCGGAGCGUCAGCAGGUUCUGGCAGCUCUGGACCGUCUGCACUCCAAACUGGUCCAGAGCGAGGAGUGGACCCACAGCGACUCCCUGGGGAGCCUGAGGGAGACCCUGCAGAGUCCACUGUUCAGCCACAUCCUGACGCUGCAGCAUUCCAUCAAACAGCUCCGCAACCAGUUGAGCAGUAUGCCUCCCGACGCCGGCAGCGACUUCAGCUUCUCCAAAAAGGGUCAGCUGAUCAUGAGCUCUGUUAACCUCGGCAGCAACCCGGCCCCGCCCACCCUCUCCACCUCCUCCUCCAUCCUGACCAACGCCUCGUCUCUGCAGCCUUCGCCCUCAUCCGACCUCCUCCAGAAGUGGAUCCACACCGCCGCCAAAGGCCGUGACACGGACCUGGUCAGUCUGACUCGGCCUCUGUCUGGAGGUCUGGGUUUCAGCGUGAUCGGUCUGAAUCCUGCAGGGAGCAGCAGUCAAGGAGUCUUCGUCAAACACGUCCAGCCCGGAGGCAUCGCACACAGGGACGGGCGUCUUCAGGAACGGGACCAGAUCCUGGUCAUCAACGGCAGUCCUCUUGAGCCUGGGAUCAGCCAGCAGCAGGCCCUCACCCUGCUGCAGCAGCCUGGAGAGACCGUGGAGCUGGUGGUGGCCAGGGACCGGCCACCCAACACGCCAUCGUCCGUCACGCCUCUCAACACGGAUCAGUGGGGUCACGUGGAGGAGAUCGAGCUGGUGAACGACGGCUCUGGUCUGGGCUUCGGCAUCGUCGGAGGGAAGACGAGCGGGGUGGUGGUCAGGACGCUACUCGCCAACAGUGUGGCUGACCGGGACGGCCGUCUCCGCACAGGUGACCACAUCCUUCGCAUCGGGGCGACGCCCACCACCGGCCUCACCAGCGACCAGGUUGUCAGAGUUCUGCAGGGAUGUGGCAGUCAUGUGAACAUGCUGAUUGCCAGGGAUCUCCGAGGUCAGUGGUCAAUGGGUCCACCACCUCCACCACCUCCUGACUCUGCACCGGUCUCCUCUUUACCCCCCCGACCUCCGGACCUGCCCAAACAACCCCCCAGAGUGGCCCUCCAACGCCGGGUCAGCAAGACGCCCAACCUGGAGGGAUAUGAGAUUCACGAGGUUCCUUUAACAAAGAAGGACGGACAAAGUCUGGGCAUCUCCAUCAUUGGCUACAAUCCUCUGACCAGCCAAGAUGCAGUGGGUGUGUUUGUAAAACACGUGGUUCCAGGAAGUGCUGCGGAUCAGAGCGGAAACAUCCGGGUGUACGACCGACUGAUUGGUAUGGACGCCAUCAGUCUUCACGGUAUGACCAAUCACGAGGUGCUGGAGGUGAUGAAGCAGACGGGUCAGACUGUGGUUCUCACCGUGGUCAGGAAGAAACCCAGAGUGGAGAGAUCCCUGGAUAAAGUGGAGAGGGAGCCCUCUCACGUGUCCCUGCGUAGAUCACUGGAGGUGAAGUCUCGCUCGUCAGGGUUUGACUCCUCGGUGAUGAAGCUGGGACCAGGAUACCCUGCUGCAGCACAGCUAACCAGAGCUACAGAAGCAGAACUGAGGGCUAAAUGGGCUCAGGCUCUGGGACCAAAGUACCAAGUCCUGGUAGUGAACCUGGAUCCUGUUAUUGAAGACGAUGCAGAGCUGCAGAAAUCCUCCAAGCUGCUGCCCGUGCACACCCUGCGUCUCGGCGUGGAGCUGGACUCGUUCGAUGGUCACCAUUACAUCUCCUCCGUGGCUCCUGGAGGUCCUGUGGACAAACAUGGACUGUUGAGGCCAGAGGACGAGCUCCUGGAGGUCAACGAUGUCCAGCUCUACGGGAAGUCUCGUCGAGAGGUGGUGGCGUUCCUCAAAGAGGUGCCUCCUCCGUUCACAAUGGUCUGCUGCCGACACCCGACCUCUGACAUGGAACCAGGGCGAGAAUCUGAAUCGGAGUCCGAGUCUGAACCUGAACCGGUCCUGCAGCCAGGAUUCAGAGCAGCAGGACGAUCGCAGCCCAGUGUAGAAGAGAUCGAGCUGAAGCUGUCGUCGAUGCUCGGCGGACAGACGGUCGCCAGAGACGACCACGGUGAACAGCAGCAGACACUCAGUCAGGAGCAGGUUUCUCCGGUGGAGGAGGAAGAGGAGGAGCUGAAUGAGGAGAAGAUUCAGCAGCACCAGGAGGUGGACAAUGAAGAGGAGGAUGAGGACGAGGGGGAGCUGGCUCUGUGGUCUCCAGAGGUUCAGAUGUUGGAGCUGCAGAAGGAGAGAGACAAAGGCCUGGGCUUCAGCAUCCUCGACUACCAGGACCCUUUAGAUGCUGGCCGCUGCGUCAUGGUGAUUCGUUCUCUGGUUCCCGGAGGAUCAGCGGAGCGUCACGGUAGUCUGCUUCCUGGAGACCAGCUGGUGUCAGUCAACCAGAGCCGACUGGACCUGCUGACCUUGGCCCAGGCCGUGGAGGUCCUGAAAUCCGCCCCACCUGGCACAGUCCGCCUGGGAAUCAGGAAGCCUUUGGUGGUGGAGACUCCAGAGAGGAGCAGAGAGGACAGCACUCAGCUGCCUGUACCACAGGGUUUCGGUGAUGGCUCCGUUCUGCCUGAAGAUCUGCGACAAGAAGAAGAGGAAGAAGAGGAGGGGGAGGAGCUGAUCCUGGAUGGAGGUCUGCCUCGCUACUCUACCUCCACUGUGACCUCUGACCUCCUGCAUGUGGAGGAGGGGAGGGAGAUGGCUGUGGAUGAGGAGGUGGAGGUGAAGAAGCUGGAAGACAGAGAAGAGGAGAGGAUGAGUUCUCUCCCCAGGAAACCGCCUCCAUCAUGGGAGGAGUGGAGGCUCUCCUCCUGCUCCAGCCACGCUGGAUCAGAGGAGAGCUGGAGGAAAGAGCAUCAGGAGGAAGAGGAGGAGGAGGAUGAAGACCAGAGGUCAGAUCGUGAGAGCAUCAUGUCUGGACUUCAGUUUCCUGAUCACAGAGACAGCGAGGCAGACUCAGAACUCACGCUGACCGACACCGACACAGAGUCUGUGAAGAGGGUUGACCAAGAGAGGAGGAAGAGGCGGAGCCAGGGAGGAGCCUCUCUACCAAUCAGAGGAGGCCACAGAAAUCUCCCUGAAAGAGAACAGGGAGAAGGAGAGGAAACUCCAGCGUUCAGUCACUGGGGACCAGCGCGCAGGGUGGAAGUGUGGGCCGAGGAGGACCAGUCUCUGGGUCUGAGCAUCGUGGGAGGUCGGCAUGUCAUCAAGCGUCUGAGGAACGGAGAGGAGCUGAAGGGAAUCUUCAUCAAGCAGGUUCUGGCCAACAGUCCUGCUGCCAAGACACAGCAACUCAAGACUGGAGACAAGAUCUUAGAGGUGUCAGGUGUUGACCUACAGUCUGCCAGUCAUGAGGAGGCGGUCAGUGCCAUCAAAUCAGCUCCGAGCCCGAUCGUCUUCAUCGUCCAGAGUCUGUCGGCGACACCACGGCCUGUGUCUCUAACGGCUCCCAGCUACAGCAAACACAAAGCCAAGAGUACGGAGUCUCCGGAGCCAGGAAUAGCCACACCCCCUCUGAGACAGCCCCCGCCCUACUGUCCUCCCAGCCAAUCAGAGCACAAGCUGAACUCUGACCUGGAGCAGGCCAAAGAGCGUUGGUGUGAGCGUUAUGGAGACCUGCAGGGGGAGCUGCUGUGCGUGGAGCUGGACAAGGAGCGGCAGGGUUUGGGUCUCAGCCUGGCAGGAAACCGCGAUCGCUCCCGCCUCAGCAUCUUCGUGGUCGGACUCCAUCCUGGAGGAGCGGCCGCUCGAGACGGACGCAUCCAAGUUGGAGACGAGCUGUUGGAGAUUAACAACCAGAUACUUUAUGGGCGGAGCCACCAGAAUGCCUCGGCCAUCAUUAAGAGCGCCGCAUCCAAGGUGAAACUUAUCCUGCUCAGAAAUGAAGAUGCUAUAAACCAGAUGGCUGUCCCUCCCUUCCCUACUCCCCCUCCUCCCCCUGCUCCCCCUGUCCUCAGUCCUGUCCUCAGUCCUGUCCUCAGUCCUGUCCUCAGUCCCAUCCUCAGUCCUGUCCUCAGUCCUGUCCUCAGUCCUGUCCUCAGUCCCGUCCUCAGUCCUGUCAUACCUGAGUGCGUGGCUCCACCUCUUCCCACUGUCCCCGCCCCCACAGACGGACCCCGCCCCCAACUCAGCCUCCCGCUUCCCCCUGUAUCAUCGUCACCGAACACACUGGACAAGAUGAGCGACGAGGAACACAACAACAGGAACAGGAGCAGCAGCAACAACAGCGCCCCCCAGAGUCUGAGAGAGGCCGACACCUUCACAAAGUCGUGCAGGUCGUCCAGCAGCUCCAGUAAACAGACAGCAGCGACUCCUCCUCUGAUCAGCCCUGACCUGCAGGCUGCCAACAAAGAUCCAUCAUGCUGUGUGGUGGUUCCCGGUCAGGAGACGGUGUUGGAGAUCUGUAAAGGUCGAUCAGGACUGGGACUCAGUAUAGUGGGAGGACGAGACACACAGCUGGACGCCAUCGUGAUCCAUGAGGUCUAUGAAGAAGGAGCAGCAGCCAGAGACAGACGACUGUGGGCAGGAGACCAGAUACUGGAGGUCAACGGUGUGGAUCUACGUGGUGCGUCCCACGAGGAAGCGAUUGCCGCUCUGCGUCAGACGCCGGCGAAGGUGUGUCUGACGGUGCUGAGAGACGAGGCUCAGUACAGAGACGAGGAGAACCUGGACAUUUUUAAGGUGGAGCUGCAGAAGAGGAGCGGCAGAGGACUGGGACUCAGCAUCGUCGGCAAGAGAAGUGGCAGCGGCGUGUUUAUCUCUGAGGUGGUCAGAGGUGGCGCUGCUGAGCUGGACGGUCGUCUGAUGCAGGGAGAUCAGAUUCUGUCUGUCAAUGGGGAGGACACAAGACACGCCUCCCAGGAAACUGUGGCUGCCAUACUGAAGUGUGCUCGUGGUCAGGUCCUGUUGGAGCUCGGUCGACUCAAAGCUGCGUCCUGGAUCUCGUCCAGACCCAUCUCACAGGGAAGUCAGAUGAGUCACGUGAGUGGAAACAGCUCGGGUGUUGUGGUGCCGCCCCUCACUCAGCCCCUGACCUCACCUGACCCUCUGACCUCUGACUCACUGUCCACUACCUCCAUCGGGUCCCUGCCCCUCAACAACAACGUCAAGUCCACCUCUGACAUCACUUCCUCCUCCACUAACAGCACAGGAGAAGAUGCAGGCGUCCGUACAGUGAUGAUCACAAGGGGUGUCCAUGACUCUCUGGGGGUGAGUAUAGCAGGAGGGAAGGGCAGUCCUCUGGGGGACGUCCCCGUCUUCAUCGCUAUGAUUCAGGCCAAUGGAGUCGCUGCCAAGACUCACCAACUCAAGGUGGGGGACAGAAUCGUCAGUAUUAACAGUCAGCAUGUGGACGCUCUGUCUCACAGUGAUGUUGUCACUUUGUUGAAAAACAGCUACGGAGACAUCAACAUGCAGGUGGUAGCAGACACAAACAUCAGUGCCAUUGCCUCCCAGGUGGAGAGUUUGUCCAACACCUCCAGUCUGACAGCCAGCACUGACACACACACAGCAGAACCAGAAGGUCCGCGUCCUCGCAGCAUCAGUCUGGAGAAAGGAUCUGAAGGACUGGGCUUCAGUAUCGUUGGAGGGUUCGGGAGUCCACAUGGAGACCUGCCCAUCUACGUCAAGACCGUCUUCAGCAAGGGAGCAGCAGCGGUGGACGGUCGUCUGAAGAGAGGAGAUCAGAUCCUGACAGUGAACGGAGAGAGCCUGCAGGGGGCGACACACGAGCUGGCCGUCGCUGUCCUGAAGAAACAGAGAGGAACGGUCACACUGGACGUCCUGUCAUAACGCACACACACACGCACACACACACACACACACAUGCACGCACACACACACACACAUUAAAAAUCAGAAAACAUAAUAUUAGUGCCAACACACACACACACAGAAGUCUGAUACACUGAAGCCCCGCCCCCUCUGCAGCAUGACUACAUGAGCGUACGUUUAACAGAGUUUCUCAACACAGGGCUCGGGGGCCACAUGAGAGCUCGCCUGAUAAGAGUUCGUGGAGCAGAGGACAUGUUUGUGUGUUUUUUUCUCUCUUCAUUUCCUGCCGUUUCUCACUGCGCUGGAUUGACACAGAUUAUGUCAGAGUGUUCGUGACAUUGUGACUCUGGAUCCAGUUCAGACCUGAUACUAACAUCAUCCUGAGUCACAUGAUUUAAAGUGGUUCUGCUCCACAUUCAGGUGUGAACUUACAUCUGCUUCACAUCUGAAUAUUGGUGCUUUUCCAUCAUACAGCUCUAGCUCCUGUUUUCCAUGACUUCAUGGCUCCUCCUCCUCAACGUGGGCGGAGUCAUCAUAGCAACGGCGGCGUGAAACUGUGGUGACGUGGUUUUCUCCGCGACACAAACGCAAACACGUGACUUGUAAAGCAGUUGUUUUGGGUGAGCGUGAAUCAUUAGAAUCAUUAGAAUCAUUAGUUGAGAUGAGUUGACAGAAUGAUUCAGUCCUUCUCCCAGUGAACGUGGUGACGAUGGUGCUGUCUCUGACUCCUCUGUUCAACACCUUUGCUAAAUGUUGCAGAUGAACGCAUGUUUCAGGAUUUUGAAGUUGGACAUUGUUGCUUUGACGUCGCGCUCGUGACUCUUCAGUGACGACACUCUGACCAAUCAGAGGCCGGCAAUCUGAUGAUGUCACAUUUUAGUAUCGGCUCAGCUGAACCUCGUCAGAGCAGGAAGUUAAAAAAACAGCAGGUUCUAUCAUGAUGGAGAAGCGUGAGUAGAGCCGAGCCGUGCUAGAACCGUGUCUAGUUGAUUUACUUGUAGUUUUCACCACAAUAUAAACUCUGUUCAACACCAUUUUCUUUACAUUACACUUACAGUAACAACAUGGUAAUAAUUGUUGCCUCACAGAAAAAAGGUCACCAGUUUGAAUCCCGGUUCCACCGAGGAUUUUUCUGUGUGGGUUUCCUCUGGGUAAUCUGGUUUCCUCCUACAGAUUAGGUUAAUUGUACACUCGUGUGAUCAGAUGCUAGUGAACAUGUUAGUACCAGGUCUGAACAGAAGUUUCCUGAAGUUCAGUUUAUCACCAGGUCACCUGAUCUUCUGUGGUUUCACUGUCUGAAUGUGAAUUUUUCACUUCUUUUUUUGUCUUAAAGAAUUAAAUCUGUUAAAGUUUGGACUUUGAUGAGUGAAAGAGAAACAAGGUUGAGAGACUACGACGGAGCGACCUGCACUUGUUUAUCUCCACUUCCUCCAUCAGACUCAGCGAGGAACGACAGAUGUUCAGAGGAGAACUCUGCAGCUGCUGCACGUGUUAGCUUAGCAUCACAUCUCUGUGGUAAAAGACUGGUUAGCUGUUAGCAACGUUGUUGUUGUUAUUGGUCAAAUGUGGGAACGUCUGCCGUCUUCAGAGCAAACAGCAGAGAUCACACUCCUGUGUUUCCUGCCCCGUCCUCUUACUUUAGGCCGUUUUAGUGCUUUUAUUCACCCUGUCACUUGCAGCUGCUGCGAUCACACACUUAAAAAAACUCUACAUUUAUAUUUACUAUCGAAAAAUGAUCAAAAUCAGGUUAAAAAUGUCCGACACUUUUCUUCCAUCUGUUCGUUCUGUGAUGAUUAUUGUUCAAGGACAGAAUAAAUGGAUUUAUUUAACACUUCAA